AUGCAGGUACCUGAUUCCAACUUUAACAUUAUAGGUCGCCUUCACAUGCUUGACAUUCUCUAAAAGCUGAUUGAUCCCUCCUUUCGCCAUUGCCCAACCACUUUUCCUCAACCCGAAUACGAUGUCCUCCUCUCAAUUCCAGGCUGCCAACGAGCAGCGAAGACGACUCCAUCAUGAGGCAGAUGUAGUAGUUGUUGGCGCAGGCAUAUUUGGUUGUGCCAUUGCGUUUGCGCUGGCAAAGCAGGGUCGCAGUGUCUUACUUCUCGAGCGGUCGUUGAAGGAACCAGAUCGCAUUGUGGGAGAGUUACUACAACCAGGUGGAGUUUCUGCUCUGGAGAAAUUGGGUCUCGCACAUACGCUGGAAGGAAUUGAUGCCAUACCAGUCCAUGGCUACGAGGUUAUCUACUAUGGAAAGGAAGUCGAGAUUCCAUAUCCCUCCAAUGCUGGAGUAACGGGAAGAGUGGGCAGCAACGAGUACACAAAUGAAAAGGGUGGCAGACCAGAAGGAAGAGCGUUCCACCAUGGUCGAUUCAUAACUCAAUUGCGAAAGGCUUGUGCGAGUCAACCAAACAUCACAAUAGUCGAGACCGAGGUUGUGGAUACCAUCACCAGCACACACAACCCACAAGUCCUUGGUGUCAAGUCGCGGACAACAGACCCAUCAACAGGAGAGAAGAAAGACGACUGUUACUUCGGCCAACUCACCGUGAUAGCAGACGGUUACGCCUCAAGGUUUCGAAAACAAUACAUCGGAAAACAACCCAUAGUCAAAAGCAAAUUCUACGCCCUCGAACUGAUCGACUGUCCUUUACCAGCGCCCUACCACGGGACCGUCAUCCUAGGAGACGCAUCUCCAGUCCUCCUCUACCAAAUCGGCACCCACGAAACCCGCGCCCUGAUCGACAUCCCCGAGAACCUACCCUCCGCAUCCGUCGCCAACGGCGGCGUACGCGGGCACAUCAGAAAUGUGAUCCUGCCCUCCCUCCCCCUCCAAGUACAGCCCUGCUUCGAAGCCGCUAUCCAAGACGGCAAGAUCCCGCGCAGCAUGCCAAACAGUUUCUUGCCUCCAACCACGCAGAUGGAAAAGGGCGUCGUGGUCCUCGGCGAUGCUAUGAAUAUGCGACAUCCGCUGACCGGAGGCGGCAUGACGGUAGCGUUCAACGACGUUGUACUGCUGGCCGAGAUGCUGGCACCAGAAAAGAUCCCCGAUCUGGGCGACACGAAAGCCAUCCAGAAAGUCAUGAAGGAGUUCCACUGGAAGCGCAAGGGCUUGUCGUCCAUUAUCAACAUCCUCGCCAUGGCGCUGUACAGUCUCUUCGCGGCCAACGACCGCCAGCUGAAAGCGCUGCAGAAAGGCUGUUUCCAGUAUUUCCAGCGGGGCGGGAAUUGUGUCGAUGGGCCCGUGGGACUGCUGGCGGGCAUCAUUCGGCAGCCGUUUGUGCUGUUCUAUCACUUCUUCGCGGUGGCGUUCUUGUCCAUCUGGAUCGUGAUGCAGGAGACGAUGGGGAGUCUGCUGGGGUUCUGGAAGUUCCCGUUGGCGGUUGAGGAGAGCGUGUUGGUGUUUUGGAAGGCGUGCGUGGUGAUCUUUCCGUUCAUCUUUAGUGAGAUGAGGGCUUGAUCGUUUUCGGCGGAGAUGUGUUAUAUAAAGGUCUGUCUGUUAGGGCGAGAAUGAUUGAUACCUGCAUCGGUUGGCGUUGAGU